AUGCAGGACCUCACACGGCCUCCAGAGCACCGCCACGAGCCACCAGACCAGCUCGCACCAGCCGUCGACGCGCCCUUCCUCGAGAUCCCCGAGCUGUCGGUCCUGUCGAACGCGCUGUCCAUGUCGACGCCGACGCUCAAGGUGUCGACCCGCAUCGAGGCGUACUCGUGCAAGCAGGUGUCCAAGGAGCGCAAGCUGUUCAAGACGCUCGAGUCGGAGCUCAUCCAGGACCUCACCCUCUCGACCUCGCACUCGCCGCCCGAACACCACCAGGGCCUCCUCGAGAGCCCGUUCGGCCCGCUCGACCAGCCCCAGUCGCGCAAGACGCUGUGGCUCCUCAUCGGCCUCCUCAACAUCGCCUUCCCCGACUACGACUUCUCCAAGGUCCGCCCCGAGGACUUUCGGCGUGAGGAAGGCCCGCGCGCCGUCCUCACGUCGCUGUCGACCGCGCUCGACCAGCUGCGGUCGCCGUCGGGCCAGCGGCCCUUUGCGUCGUUCCCGGGCGCCGCCUCGUUCGGCCAGGCCUCGUCGCCGUACUCGGACCCGGUGUCGCUCCCCGGCACGACGCCGACCGACGACGCGCACUCGGUGCCGACCAACCCGUUCCUGCGCCAGGUCCUCGACCCGAUCAUCGACCUGUCCGACUGCGAGUGCUUCACCUACUCGCCCGACAUCGACUCGGACCCGCACGCCGCCGAGUCGGACUCGGAAGGCGACGACGAGUCGGGCGAGUUCGAGGACGACGACGCCGACGGCAUGGCGCUCGAGAUGGAAGGCGUCCCAGGCGUUCGCCGAGCGUCGACGCCCGUCAGCGGCCGCAGCACGCCGUCUUUCAUGCGCGCGCACCGCUCGCCGAUGAAGUCGAUCCAGUCCGUGUUCGGCCGGGCGGGCACGCCCUUCUCGAACGCCGACUCGGCGAACGAGGACGAGUACGGCGAAUCGUCGACCGGCGGCCUCCUGUGGAGCACGUUCCAGUUCCUGUACAACCGCAAGGCCAAGCGCAUCGUGUUCAUCAACUCGUGGGCCCGCACCCCGCACGAGGCGCGCCGCUCGACGAUGCACCACCACCACCAUUCCUCGUCGAGGGCGACGCACGGCGCCGGCGCUCGGGCCUGGCCCAUGUCGACGGGCCUCAAGCGCAGCGCGAGCAACGUCAGCGUCGCGUCGGUCGCGUCGUCGUCGAUCCCGCUCGCCAAGAAGAAGGUCAAGGGCACGGCCGUCUGAGCACCCUCGCCGACGUCGUCGUCGUCGUCCGAGAGGAGCGACCCUACCCUCGUCCUUUAUCCUCGCCCGCCCUCUCCUGUUGUCGCCUUCCUCCCUCGGUUCUGUUGACACCCCCAGUCUGUUUCCCCUUUGCCACCCAACCCAACCCUUGUACCCGCUUUCCUCUCGUCGCGCCCGUCGUGCCUUCGCCUUUCGCGCCCUCGAGCCUCGUAGCCUUUCUCUCCCCGCCUAGAGCGCUUUCCCCAGCACUCGCUUCUGUGCAGAAUCAUACGUAGCGUUCCACCGUG